AAAAUAUUCUUUGCCUUUGGAUUCUGGCUUCUGGUUUCUGAAUUCUGAUUACCUACGCAUUAUUGCGAAAAUUGAUUCACAUUCAUAAAAACCUGUUUAUGCAAUAGCAUCUGGACGUUAAAUUUUAACAAUAAACAACGUCAUCUGCUGUAAAUUGGUAAAUAUAUUAGUAAGUUUCUGAUAUUGAUUAAGUUAUGGUAUUGCAACAUAUGAUAAUGUUACGAUUUAGGCCUAAAAUGGCCACUGAUCGCAGCAAAGAAUGGCGUUGCUGCAUGUGUAUGCAUGUACGGACUGGUACAAUACUACUGGGGUCCUGGCACUUGAUGCUGCAUUUGUUUGCGUUGGGAUUUUUGGCUGCAGUAGUGCGGGAUCCCAGCUUAAUGCAGGAUUUCGAGCAGGAACGCGAGACUGUUGUGGGUUGGCGCGAUGUUGGUUCAGCUUUACCAACACCACUUUCCAACAUAGAGCCUCCCCCUAACUCAUACCCACAGUACGGCCUGAAACCAAAAGAUCAAGCAAUAAUCUAUCAUGAUGUGGAUGUCGGGGCCCUGGUUACCAUUUGCACCUUGGCUAUCACACUGAUGCUCAUAUACGGGGCCUCACGCGGGAAACCAGCUCAUCUGCUGCCUUUCUUCUGUCUCCAGAUAUUUGACUUUGCCAUCACUGUUAUGACGGGUACCGGGUACCUGUGUUACGUGCGCUCCAUCCACCGCCUGGUUGCGGAGGCCCGCCAUGUUCCGUGGCGUGCUCAGCUGCUCUCUCUACCGGCGCCAAUGCUCGCUUCCAUCAUACUCUUCUCUUUCCUCUUGGCUAUGCUCAUUAAGGCCUACUUCAUCAACAUGGUGUGGCGCUGCUACAAGUACCUGUCGCUCCGGAGCCACUCGCUCCGCAACCUGACCCCGUUCGUGAUCUCUAGCGAGGGCGCCGUGAGCCCGCUCGCGUUCCCGGCCGCGCCCGCACCGCACUACUCCAGCCUACUCCCCGACUACGAGGAGGCCGUGAAGCAGACUCCACCGCCCUCCUACCGUGCUGCCACACUGAUGGCUGCCGAUCCAACUCUUGUCGCGCAACCCAACAAUGAGACAGAGCAGAUCCCAAGCGCCCCAGCAGUGACCCCACCAGUGAUCCCACCAGCAACAAACACUAUCGUCGUCCUCCCACAAGAUGGCGCUCAAGCAAGGGUCUAAACAUACAUCCAUUACAAUUUCCAACUGGCAAAUUAGUCAACGAAACAUUUGUAAUCUUUGGCAAACCACAGAACUAUUCCUAGACUUUGCAAAAUUGUUUUUAAAAAAGCUACAUUCUUGAAAAUCAUUUCAUAAAAAAAUUGCCUUAGUUGCAACAUUAUAACCAUCAAAUAGUUAAAGCUUUAUUUUUCUGUAAUUUUUGCCCAGAAGUAUUUUUAUGUAUGUAAUUUGCCAUUUAGAUUUAGGUAUGUACAUUAGACCAGCCAUAUUUUUGAAAAUUCCUAUCAGAAAUUUGUUGAACACUACUAAGGUAUGUCUUCAAGCAUUUUUCUGAUGAGGAGUUCCAAUUAAGAAAAAAUGGAUGCAGUUAUGCCAAAAUGUAGCAACCAUUUUGAAAUGUAUAAAAAAAAUUUACUUUUCGAGUUGUAAUAAAUGAGAAAAUGUUUGUGCAAAUAUUGUAUCAAAUGUAAAGAACCAAAGUCUGGAUUUUAAAAUAUAAUAAUAAUAUUACGGCUGUUUAUUUUUAUCUUUAUAUAUAUUAUUAUAGAUAUGGGUUGGUUCAUAAUAAAUAAUAUAUAGUUUUGUCCAACUUCACGCUCAUACGGUGGGUAAUAUGUUUGAACAAACAUGUCACCCAGCGUGUGUCACUUAAGACACAAUGAUAAAUUCAAUAUGGCGACAAUCAGGCGCCAUAUUAUUGAAUUCUAGCAACUAAAUUUGAUAAUUAUUGCGGAUUUGUACAUUUUGGCAUAAUAAAAUCCAUUGGUGCAUAGUAAAAUUAUUAUAUUUUUAAAGUCUGAAUCUAUUUUAUAAAUAUUGGCACUUUAAAUUCGCAAAUAUGUAAGCUUAUGAGUUUCCUUAAAUUGCAAUACAUUAUGUUUUUGUUAUGAAUUGCAGUAUUAAUAUUAAUUUAACAUAUUAUUAUAAAUGUUGAUGAAAAAAAAUUUUUUUUUAGUGAAUUUGUGUUUAUAUAUUAUCUGGUAUAAUAAUGGUAUAAUUACUUACUUUUUUGCACUGUUAGUUACCAAACCAAAUGUAAAUGCUAUAUCUUGAUUUACAAGCCUUCGUAUUGCGGGCCUGUUUCGUUAAUUUGCCAUAAUAAUUGAUGAGUUGAAAAAGAAUGUUACAUAUUAUAGUGUUUUGUAAAAACAGAUUGGUUUACUUUUGCUACAAUUUUAUAUUGCUGAGAUAUUUUUAUAACAUUUUUUUUUUUACUUAAACAAUCAUAGUAAGUUAAAAUCAAGUAAAGUAAAGUUAAAAUCAAAUAGGUUAUUAAUUUAAAUUUUCCAUUUUUUUUGGGUCCAAAUGAACUAUUGCAUAUAAUUAAUUUAUUGUUAAAUUAUAUCUAUAUUUUAAGCUUGUGUACUGCCUGUUAUAUUCUAUUAAUUUCAGAUCUGACAAUUGUCUAGCUGUCUAUAAAUUAUUAGUCAUUGUAUUUAAUAAAAUUAGAUUUAAGCACUACGGCAUAAUGUCGUCCUUUAUUAACCAGAAUAGAACAUAUUGAUAUGAAAUUACUUUAAAUGCUUGUUUGAAUGUAAUGCGAAAUCAGUUUAGACUACACUAUGUAAUGUGUACUACAAUUGUAACAGAACUUAAUAAAUUACCAUUAAUUUAAAAUUAAAAUAUAGAAACGAUGUAGACGAGCCAAACUAGUAUUUUAUUCUGAAAUGCAUAAGAUCCUAAAUCCAGUUGACUGGCAACCAAAUUAUUUUUAUUUGUUUUAAAGUAAUUUCAUAUCAAUAGGUAUUAUUAACUGUAAGUGGUUUCGUAAUGGCCUGCACAUUACCUAAUUGGAAGUUAGUGGCUAUUUGAGAGCUGCUCGAAGGGUACUUAGUGGCUCUCAAUGUGGGUUUAUGAUGUUUUAUGUAUAGUAGCAUAGUUAAGUCACUUUAUUGUGUGUUAACGCAUAAAUAAAGAAUAGAACACA